AUGGGGCCCGCGCUCCUGGACUGUGACGUGCAGGCCGGGUGGCAAGUGGGCGCUGAGGCUGCAGCUUGCGGCUUCCUGGCUCCUGGAGGUCAUGGCCCGGCGUCUCAGGGGCUCCCAUCCCCUCCAGGUUCUGAUACCCAGUUUGCAAUUACAUUGAACAACAAGGAUGCCCUCACUGGAGAUGAAGAGACCUUGGCUUCAUAUGGGAUUGUUUCUGGGGACUUGAUAUGUUUGAUUCUUGAAGAUGCCUUUGCAGCACCUAACUUACCUUCAUCCACAGAUCCAGAGCAUUCCUCGCUCCAGAAUAAUGACCAGCCCUCUUUGGCCGCCAGCUCCAGUCAGUCCAGCAGGCAGGAUGAACAACUGCGUGAUUCAUUCCAAGGACAGGCAGCCCAAUCUGAUGUCUGGAAUGAUGGCAGUGGGUCAGGGCCUAGUCACAAUUUUGAAGCUGAGUCAAUUCCAGAUGUUGUGGUUAUGGAAGAGGGCACAGGUUUCUAUCCCUCAGAACCAAUGCUCUGCAGUGAAUCGGUGGAAGGGCAAGUGCCACGUUCAUCAGAGACCCUGUAGCAGCCAGCUGACUGUUCUAACCCCAGGGACCCGAUAGUAUCCAUACAUUUCCUCGUGUUAGAGUCGGGUUACAUACCUCAGCAGACUGAAGCCAAAGCUGUGUCCAUGCUGGAGAACUGGAUCGGGGGCGUGUAUAAGCUGCAGUACACACAUCCUCUCUGCGAGGGUGGCUCUGCUGCUGUCACCUGUGUGCCUUUGGGAAACCUCAUCGUCAUAAAUGCUACACUAAAAAUCAACAAUGAGAUUAGAAGUGUGAAAAGACUGCAGCUGCUGCCAGAAUCUUUUAUUUGCAAAGAGGAAUCAGGGGAAAAUGUAGCCAAGACAUACGAAGAUCUUCAGAAGCUCUCUCGCCUCUUCAAGGACCAGCUGGUGUAUCCUCUUCUGGCUUUUACCCGACAAGCACUGAACCUAACAGAUGUAUUUGGGUUGGUAGUCCUCCCAUUGGAGCUGAAACUGCAGAUCUUCCGACUUUUGGUUGUUCGUUCUGUCCUGUCUUUGUCUGCAGUUUGUCAUGACCUCUAUAUUGCUUCAAAUGACCAACUUCUGUGGAGGUGUUUAUAUCUGCGGGAUUUUCGAGAUGGUACUGUCAGAGGUCGAGACACAGAUUGGAAAGAACUGUACAAGAAGAGGCACAAACAAAGAAAAGAAGCUCAGAGAGGGCGGCAUGUGAUGUUCCUGCCAUCGUCACCCCACCCCAUUCCAUUCUACCCCAACCCCUUGCACCCCAGGCCUUUUCCUCCCAGUUCUCUCCUUCCUCCAGGAAUUAUUGGUGGUGAAUAUGAUGAAAGACUAACCCUUCCUUAUGUUGGGGAUCCAAUGAAUUCACUCAUCCCUGAGCCUGGGGAGAUACCCAGACACUUCCCUCCGCUCAGACCAUGUUUUGACCCAAUCGGCCCCUUUCCAGGACCUAACCCCAUCUUGCCAGGGCGAGGUGGCCCCAAUGACAGAUUUCCCUUAAGACCUAGCAGGGGUCGGCCAACUGACAGCCGGCUACCAUUCAUGUGACUGGUUUGUAAUCUCACUCUGGAGCUUGUUUUGUUUUUGUUUUUUUUUUUAAACUAUAGACGUUAUCUUGUUGGGGUGCUAUCUCUAGUGUUUUCUGAUUGUGGUGGUGAGAAAUGCACUCACAGAAGCCUUUUGGUAGGUAUAUUUAAAGCUCCAGGGGUGGUAUGGCCCAAAGGUUACUGCAUGACAGGGUUGGCCUUGGGAAUAGUUGGUUCCUGACAUCCCCUCUCUGAAUUACCCUCUAGA